AGGGACCAGAGCGCACGGAGGGGGAACGACAUCUUCAGGGACAGGGACUAGUUAUCAGAUUGUUGUGGUUAGUAAGAGGAUGAUGCAGCAGAAAUGUACAUGAGUUAACAACAGGAAGGUCACUAUAUAAAGGACACUCAGUGGCCGAGCUGCACAGCACCCUGCAAGACAUUCUUCUCUACAAGCUCCAACCCAACAGCAACAAUGGUGCACUGGACUGCUGAGGAAAAAAACGCCAUUACCUCCAUUUGGGACAAGGUCAAUGUUGAACAGGAUGGUCAUGAUACCCUGACAAGACUGCUGGUCGUGUACCCCUGGACCCAGAGAUACUUCAGCAGCUUCGGAAACCUUUCCAAUGUGACCGCCAUCUCUGGCAAUGCCAAGGUCCACGCACAUGGCAAGAAGGUGCUCUCCGCUAUUGGCGAUGCUGUCCAUCACUUGGAUGAUGUAAAGCAUCAUCUGGCUGCUCUCAGCAAGACCCAUGCCACGGAACUCCAUGUGGACCCCGAAAACUUCAAGCGUCUCGGAGAAGUUCUGGUCAUCGUCUUGGCCUCCAAGUUGGGAUCUGCAUUCACCCCUCAGGUCGAGGCUACUUGGGAGAAGUUCAUCAAUGUCCUGGUUGCUGCUCUGAGCCACAGCUAUGUCUAAAUCAUCAAGACAUUUCUGCUGAAAAUGCUGUCACAUAAAAUAAAAAAGGCUUU